AUGAACUUGCUUGCAGCGCCCUCAGGGCCGCCAGACUUUUUCCAGCCCGAUCCCGACGACGGAAACCACUUUUCCGGUGAUAGAGGCGACCAAACUCUUGAUAAGAUCAUGUUUGUGACGUUUUUUCUGUUUUUAGGUGUCGCCGCCUUGAUGGUCAUUCUUCGUGUGGCGGUGUAUUUGGUCCGCAACCGGCAACGAUUAAGCGAAGAUGAGCUCAUGCGCGAGGAGGAGAACCAGGCGUACCUCGAGCUUGGUUCCGAGGAACAAGAAUUAUAUUUUCAAUCCAAAGAGUACCUUUUGACGAAUCCAUAUUUGCGAGGCGAGUUGGCCCUUUCUCAAAAUUUGGCCAUCCAGGAACGAGGAAUCAAGGCGUGGGAGUUUAUCAAAGAUCCCAUGCUCACCAAUAACGAUGUGAUCGUCGUAAACAAGACAGAACUCAACUUUUUGAAGGAUUUCGAGUGUUCGGUGCUGACAAACUUGCCCAUGCCUCAAAAGAACGAUGUUUAUUAUUUCGAGUGCAAGAUGUACCAUCUCCCAGAAGAUGGCAUUACGGUGUCUGUUGGUCUCGGAAUAAAACCAUACCCGUGGUUCAGGCUUCCAGGAAGACAUUCAUACACUGUAAGUUACGAUUCCGACGGUCAUCGGCGUCAUGCCCAACCGUUUCCAUUUACCGGCACCGCGCCACCAUUCCCGCAAUUUGCGGAGGGAGAUGUCAUUGGAGUAGGGUACCGAGUACGCAGCGGGACUGUGUUUUUCACUCGAAAUGGUAAAAAGGUGAGCGAACUGAAGAUCGGCGGUCAUAUUCGCAACUUCAAAAUUCCAGAUAAGGGACAUUUGUACCCGAUUAUAGGCGCCAACAACAUGUGCUCUGUGCAUGUCAAUUUGGGCCAGAUGGGAUUUGUUUUCAUCGAGGGAAAUGUCAAGAAAUGGGGCUUUGCUCCUCUCGAAGGAAAUGGUCCGGCACCUCCAGCCUACAAUAAGUUUAACGCCGAUAUUCUUCUCGAGCGGUCUGAGAUUGACGAGAGCGAUAUUUCGGAUAGGGAAAGCGACUUUCCUCCAGAUUUCUGGGAGGUGAAUGACAACGAUCAAGACAAAUACAGUUACAAUGCGUACGGAGAGGUCAAUUCUACAGAUGAAAGAAUCACAUUGGACAGCAUACGAAACGAGCACGAGGACAAUGAGACUGAAGAAGUCGAUCCGCCAUCGCCUCCUCCAUCAUAUAGUGAUGGAAACGAGGUUGAAGCGAAUUCGCCAAGAGAGGAGCCAGAAACGGGUGCGGAAGCCACACAAGAAAUCGCAGAAAGUACAGAAGCUGGGGAAACUACCGAAGCUAGAGAAGAAGACGAGACGACUGAGCACGAAACAGAAGCUACAGAGGACCACACAGAAGCUGAAAACGAAUCAGAAGUGACCGCAGAACAUUCAGAAGGCGCAGAAACCUCAGACACACACACGUCCACUUCUCCCAACCACUGA